AUGUACCGCUGCCUAGGCGAAGUGCUGCUGCUGUCCCGGGCCGGACCGGCCGCCGCCGACGCGGCCACGCUGCUGGGCCGGGCCCGCGCUCAGCCCGCCGCCGCCCUGCUGCCCUGGCUUGCGCCCUGCUCCUGGCGCCGCUACAGCGAGGCAGCCGCCGACCGCGAGGACGACCCCAACUUCUUCAAGAUGGUGGAGGGCUUCUUCGACCGCGGCGCUAGCAUCGUGGAGGACAAGCUGGUGGAGGACCUGAGGACCCGGGAGAGCGAGGAGCAGAAGCGGAACCGGGUGCGCGGCAUCCUGCGGAUCAUCAAGCCCUGCAACCAUGUGCUGAGCCUGUCCUUCCCCAUCCGGCGCGACGACGGCUCCUGGGAAGUCAUCGAGGGCUACCGGGCCCAGCACAGCCAGCACCGCACGCCCUGCAAGGGAGGCAUCCGUUACAGCACUGAUGUGAGUGUGGAUGAAGUGAAAGCUCUGGCUUCUCUGAUGACAUACAAAUGUGCAGUGGUUGAUGUUCCAUUUGGGGGUGCUAAAGCUGGUGUGAAAAUCAACCCCAAGAAUUAUACUGAUAAUGAACUGGAAAAGAUUACAAGGAGGUUCACUAUGGAGCUUGCAAAGAAGGGCUUCAUUGGUCCUGGCAUUGAUGUGCCUGCCCCUGACAUGAGCACAGGUGAGCGGGAGAUGUCCUGGAUCGCUGACACCUAUGCCAGCACCAUUGGGCACUACGACAUUAAUGCACAUGCCUGUGUUACUGGUAAACCUAUCAGUCAAGGUGGUAUCCAUGGACGUAUCUCUGCUACUGGUCGUGGUGUUUUCCAUGGGAUUGAAAAUUUCAUCAAUGAAGCUUCGUACAUGAGCAUUUUGGGAAUGACACCAGGAUUUGGAGAUAAAACAUUUGUUGUUCAGGGGUUUGGUAAUGUGGGCCUGCACUCUAUGAGAUAUUUACAUCGCUUUGGUGCUAAAUGUGUUGGUGUUGGGGAAUCUGACGGGAGCAUAUGGAAUCCAGAUGGUAUUGACCCAAAAGAACUGGAAGACUUCAAAUUGCAACAUGGAUCAAUCCUGGGUUUCCCCAAGGCAAAACCCUAUGAAGGGAGCAUCUUGGAAGCAGAUUGUGACAUACUGAUCCCAGCGGCCAGUGAGAAGCAGUUGACCAAAUCCAAUGCACCCAGGGUCAAAGCCAAGAUCAUUGCUGAAGGUGCCAACGGACCGACAACUCCAGAAGCUGAUAAGAUUUUUCUGGAGAGGAACAUCAUGGUGAUUCCAGAUCUGUACUUGAAUGCGGGAGGAGUGACAGUCUCUUACUUUGAAUGGUUGAAGAAUCUCAACCAUGUCAGCUAUGGCCGUCUGACCUUCAAAUAUGAAAGGGACUCUAACUACCACCUGCUCAUGUCUGUUCAAGAGAGUUUAGAAAGAAAAUUUGGAAAACAUGGUGGAACUAUUCCCGUUGUGCCCACAGCAGAGUUCCAAGACAGAAUAUCGGGUGCAUCUGAGAAAGACAUUGUGCACUCUGGAUUAGCUUACACCAUGGAGCGUUCUGCCAGGCAAAUCAUGCGCACAGCCAUGAAGUAUAACCUGGGGUUGGACCUGAGAACUGCUGCCUAUGUCAAUGCCAUUGAGAAAGUCUUCAAGGUGUACAACGAAGCUGGUGUGACCUUCACAUAAAUGCAUCGUAACUGGCUUCUCCACUCUCCUCCUCACCUGUAACUUUCCGCAGACUUAUCACAGUUUACAUGUAACCGCAGGAAUCUCUUUUCUCUCAUGACUUACUAGCUAAUAAACACCAUUCUCAACAAGUCAGUCCAAAUUAGCCCUGUAAAAAGAAGUCAAGUUUGGGUGAUCAUGUGCAAGUUCUCGUAUAUGAAAGUAGAAAUAGCCCGUGUCUGAGCAUCAUUUCUGGUAUUUUGCCUUU